GAUAUUAUUAAUUGUUUAAAUAUUUGUCGUAAUGCAUAUGGUGUAACCUUUAUGCUUGCGAUAAGAAUGAAAAACCUGAUAAGCAUUGACCCCUGAUAAACCAAUGGUUCACCUCAAUUAUAUUGUUGUAAACCUUACCUGUAGACGUAUAUAUGUAGUAGAAAUAAAUGUGUGGUUUUGUUAGUAAAAAUUUUCAAUUAUUGUACGGAACUCCGUGGGAAUCGUUGUGUUUGAAAAAUUAAAUAAAUAGUGAAAAGAUGGACAGCUUAGUUCGCCAUGAAAAACUAACAACCGAAGUAAGUGAAGUGAUUUUAAAUAGUGUUGAGUUUUUAAAACCUGAUAGUGAUUGUGAUAAUGAGGACAGUGAAGACUCUCCUCGAAGAAAUGGUCUAUUUUCAAUAACGGAGAAUUUAAAACACCAUAGGAUACAAGAAAAACCUCAAAUACCAGAUAGCAUAAUAAGAAACUAUGGAGAAGCAACUUCCCCCACAGACACUUUUGAAACCAAUUCCCUACUACAUUCAACAAAACCAGUUCGUAGAAAGAGAAUGGAUCGUACGGUUAAUAAUAAUGGUCCCAUCUCUACUCCAUUAUCUGCAUCUACAGAUUUUGUACUACACAAUAAUAAUCAACUCAAGAACGAAAGACUGAGCCCCGGUACACCAGACACGUCAAGUAGAUCCAGAUCUGUCACGCCUAGCUCUGCCUCACACCCUGAUACACCCCCUGCCCAGGAAAAUCCUUUAUUAGGUGGAAGGAAUUACAGCGAUUUCAUGAGAAGUUUGGCAGCGAAAUAUAAUAAUGCAAACCCAAACGAUUAUUUCAACGCAGCAAGGAAUGGUUUUCCUCCACCCAUAGAUCAAAGGUUUAAGCCGGUAUUCUCAAACCUACUUCCAAUUAAUUCACAAAAUAAAGAAAAUGAUGCUAACAAUAAAAGGUCAGAUUUCCCAGUGAUGAACCCUUUCAGCAGCGUUACUGGUGCCGCUAUGUUUCCGCCCUUAAUUGACAUGUCGACAACACAAACAUUAUUAGCAAUGGUAAGAACCGCCAAAGAAGCUGAAAUACAGGGUUUAUUGAAAAAUGUGAAACGUCCAGACUCAUCGUCCCCACUUGAUCUCUCCGCCGCUGCCCCACCCCCGAAAAGGCCGCGAUUAAAAAUUUCUCAAGGAAGUAGUCCAACAGGUGCUGGUGGUGCUACACCAACAAUUCCAAAAAGGUCAGAAAGUGAAAGUCCCAAGUUACAUGAAGACAUAUCAAACUGGUCCGUUGAAGAUGUGUGCAGCUUUAUAUCCGGAAUUGAUAUUUGUUCAGAAUAUACACAGACGUUUCGAGAUGAACGAAUAGAUGGCAGCGGUCUACCACUUCUCACCGAAGAACAUCUAACGAAUACAAUGAAUAUGAAACUGGGUCCAGCUUUAAAACUCCGCUCAAUUUUAGCAAAAAAACUUGGUUCCUGUAGUGUUUGUUUGCAUUGCAGUCAUUGUCAUAAUUCCGGAUCACCUGAACCGAGCAAUACCGCAGGAAAUACAUCAGAUUCUGGAGGAGCAUCUUGAAUACUAAACGUGAUUUUCAUGUAUUAAAGGUUCUGCAUUUUGUAAGAGGAAAUAUGUGAUGAUAAAUUAAUGAUAGUACUAUUGUACAAUGUUUAUAUGUAAAUUUAUAUUGAAAUUUCAUUCAGUAUUUACAAUUGUGGAGCAAAAAUAUUUGUAUAUUGGAACCUUAUUAGUGCAAGAAAUUUUUAUUAUUAAAAUUUGUUACUUCAUAUUAAAUUAUACGGAAACAUAAGUGUAAUAUUAUGACAUAUAUGUAUAUAUACGUUGUCACCACUCUAUUCUUUAUUUUUCCAAAACUAUGAAACAGCUUCCUCUUGAAAAAUUUGUUUCAGCAGGUUAGAUCAUAAUAUUUAUUAAUUGUUGUAAAAGUGAUGCAAUGUUUUCAGCAAAUUUAUAACAUUAUUUAUAUAUAGGAUGUAGAUAUUCAACUAGCUCAAUACAAACGAAUUUUUGUAAAAAAGCUCACAAUAGUUAUAUUAUAUCUAAGCUAUCGAAACUAAGUCAAUUUAUAUCAUGUUUUGAAUUUAUUGUUACAGUGAAUUCGUUUUUUACACCAGAAAAAUUAUACAACAUAUUUUCAUUGUAUUGACAUUUAUUUUACUUUAUGUCAUGAAACUACAAUCAAAGAACAUUUAUACAGAAGGUGUAUAUUAUAUAUGUACAUACAGGAUUAAAAUUAAUUUAAAUUGAAA